CAUAUACGUUAGUGGUGCCUGUCGUGAAACAUGUCGGCGUCCGAGACAACGACAAAGGUAGAAAACCCUCUGCAGCACAUAACCGUUUACCCUUUUUUCUGGCUUUUGUUAACGUGGAAGACAAUAUAGCACAAAUAAGGCAUCGAGUCGACAGCCUACGGGAAUGCAUGAUAUCUUAAUUUAACGGUUACAGGAGGUCUUUUUUGCAGUUUGAGCUACACUAUUAGCUACAUUAGCCACCAAAAAGUCAACAAAUCGCUGUCAAUUUUCGUCAUUUUCUCUCCUUUCCUCAGUAUAUUAACUGCCUGUACUAUCGUCUGCUUUCGUUUUACAUUGUCUACAUAUCACCAAAAAGUGUUAUUUAGGUACGCUCAGUUUGGACUGAGUUUUAAAGCAACUCUUAAGACUAACUGUACCUUUUGCAUUAUAACAAUGGACUGUACGGACAUAGGAACCUAAGGCUUGAAGGAAUUGAAUACUCAUGCCUUUUUCGCCUUUCUAUUUUCAUUAAUGUGCCACUUUUAAGGAAUUAGGCUUGCUUUUGUUGCUGUAAAAAAGCAUGAAUGGGUUGAUUGACUCAUGGCGGCAGCUGACGUCACAGCAGAGACGACGCGCCAUUGGUUGACAGGUUUAUUAUGUUGAGUAGAGGGCGGAAGUAGGUAACGUUAACAUGUACACAUAAUUUAGACAGUUGUGAACAUAUAAGCAGAAGUUUUUUUUAAGCUAUCCUUUUAUGAAAUGAAAGCUUGACAGUUAAUGUGGUUUGUGGGUUUGGUUAAAGUUAUUACAUUCUUACCAUGAAACUGUAACAUUUAUUUCAAAAUGCUAAUUUACAAGAGGUAAUCAAACCCUCUUUUGCAGUUCUACAUGGCAAAGACACACAUAAUUUAAACCACCAAGUUAGUAUGAACAUUUAGACGAAUUUUUAUGUCACUAUUGCAUGUUUUCAAGCUGAGAGUUAGAAUUUUCUCUGGUAUAUUAGUUUUCUGUUUUAAUUGGAUUUGUAUGAGCCUUAUAGGAUUUUAAAGGGAUAUUCUGGUGUAAAGUUUAUUAAGUGUCAAACACACCAUAACACAGAGUUAGACAACCCCUCGAGAGAUGAAUGUUGCUGACUGUUUGCUUCUCUUGUUAAACCAACUUUAGUAACGACCACAGGAUAGCAAUACACAGUGGUCUGAGGAGCCAUAAACAAACCUCAACCACAAAUAAUGCUCAGAACAGCACCCAACUUCAUCAACAGUACAUAUAGGGUCCUAGCGACCAAAUAUCUUUUUAACUUUGCCUAAUUUCUUUAGCAAAGAGACUGUACACAACUCACCUACUCUCUUCCAGCAGCCACUUGUUUGUAGCGAGACCUCAGGCCAGUCCAUUAUGGACUGCAGCGGGGUGACGCAGCUCAAGAAAGAACAUUUAUGAUCAUUACUUAAUCAUUUCCUUGAAGUAAUAAUCACCAUAUUAAUCAUUUUGCACUGCAGACGCAGUAGUUCUUCUGUCUUUGCGUCUCUGAUUGCAUUUCUAUGAAGAAAUGAUCAUAAAUGUUCUUCCUUGAGCUGCAUCACCCCGCAGCAGUCGAUGAUGGACUGGCCUGAGAGACAACAUUAAUCUCUCGAGGGGAUGUCUAAUUCAGUGUUACAGUGAGUUCGACCCUAAAUUAAUUUUAUGCCGGAAUAUCCCUCUACGUAAAGAAGUCAUGACAAAUUCUGAAGGGUAAAAUAAAAGAUGAAACAAUAAAUCAAUGUAGUGUCUCUCAAAACUUUUUUUGUUCCUUUUAGGAGCCUCCUGAAAGAAAUGUUGCAAAAACACCAACAGAAUCAGAUGUUGGACCAAGUCAUGUAAAAGAGGGUAAGUCGACAGCCAUCAUGGAAUCACAGUUUGAAUUCAUCUGUUAAACUGUGAAACAAGGAAGAUAUGCUUAAAGACUGUGCUUUUUGUUUAUAUAUGAAAACAGUUUUCAUACAAGAACUUAUCCUUGUCCAGAUAAUGCAGCUUCCAUCACAGCUGCUGCCACCAAAAAGACAGAGCCCAUGGUUGGUAUGUCAUCCAUGUUGUCUUCUCAGCAACUUGGGAAGGACUCUUCAAGAAACGUAGAGGAGAGUGAGAAGAGGUCACCUGUGUCCUCUCCAAACAAACCUGGUAAGACCAAAAUCCAGAGGUUUUCUAAAUCAUUGUCGCAGAAAUAACAGCAUUUUUCACUGACUUCAUUCCUCCUCUUACAGGACACGCUUCAAAAUCCCUUUUAUCAACAUCAGCAUCUUCAUCUUCCUCCUCUCCCUCCACCUCAUCAACGUUGUCCCCUGGUCGAGCAAAGAUGAGUGUUUCAGGACCUGGCAGCAGUAAAUCCAUCCCAGGACCUUCCUCUUCUUCCUCUUCUUCAGCCGCAGCUUCCUCAUCUCCCUCUGUUUCCCCCGCCCCACACAAGAUCCACAGGGCUCGCAAGACCAUGAACAGGCCUCCACUGGGACAGGUGGGUUGAUGUCACUUCAAGCAAACUUAGUUAUUUAAGUCAAAUGUGUCCCCCUGUAUUAGAGGCAUUUUUCCGCUUUUGUUUUUCAGAUGAGCAACUUUGAGUCACCGGCUGCCCCUUCGGGAUCCUCUGCCUCCUUUUCCUCUGACUCUGAAAUGGGUAAGUUGCUUUGGCUUAUCUGCAAAUAACAUGUUUUCUGAUUAACAUAACCAAACUAACAUGAGUAACAAUGAGCUAGAUUGACUUAUUUAAAUAAAAUCUCAAUCCGCUGUUCUUAUUAAUGAAUGUUUGUGCUUUUAUCAGCUGCAAAAAGGAGAAAACUGGACCGUUUAUCUGACAAUACACCUGAGAAGUCUGAGAACAUUCCUGACAACGCUCAAACUGUGGUACGGUCAUUUGUUUCUGGGAUUUUCAUAAACAAGCUCCAAGGAAGGACUGCUAAUUUAUCUUGUUAUUGACAAAUUCUCUUCUGCAUGUGUUUCUUAAAUCAAGGAGGAGAAGUUAGUCCAUAAGAAGUCGGCAGCUGUCGCAAAAUCUGCAGCCGAGAAAGGCAGCAGCAGUGUGAGGAAAUUAGAGGAAGAAGCUGCUGAGAAAAUGGAAACUUCGAGUCCAUCAAACCGAGCUUCGGAAAAGGUAAUCUUUGCUCAUUUUGCAUAGAGAGUUUGCACAAACAUGAGGAGUAGUUACCCACAUCUGAGUGAGUUUGCUAUCCAGAUUUGAAUUGUUACAAAAAAAAACUGGACCCUUGUCGGCCCCGGGUUUGCCUCUCCUCAACAAAUGCAAGCACUGUUAGGUAUGGUGCUACAGCGUGUGUAAGGAAUAUUAGUAACUGAUUGGUUGUAAUUUUUUAUUUUUUUUUACAUAUCCUCUUUUUGUUCCUUUUAUAGUUAGUAGACAGUGAGGUGGGGAAAAGGCUGCGCACUAAAGACACAGAAGGGUCAGUGAACACUUCGGAUCAUGUGAGUGAUGCCAUCUGUCUUUAUCGUUCAUUUUGCAGUUAUAAAAAUACUUUUCUCCUAAUUUGCCUGAGAACACUAGCUGCUCAAGCCCACUAACACUUUGGCUGAGAAAACAGACUUGUUCUUGUCAGACCGUACUGUGCUGAAUGUUUUUCUUAGAAAUCAGAUGACUUGAAUUCUUCCUGCAUCUGUUUGGGAAAAGCAAAUCACCUCUCUUACUUUUACUAGUCUUUUCCUCCAAUUUAAAAAUUAAAAAAUGAGCUAGUGCUCUUGUUCUGUUUUUAAUAGUUACAGCCAAAAAUGGAGUCAUGUGGUUGUAAACAUCGCUCUCUUUAGCACCAAAUAGGUCAAAAAGUGACAAGUGAAUCAUAAUCAUUCUGAAUACAAGAAAGAAAUUCAAAUGUCUUUAAAAUCACGUCAUAUUAAGACAGAGUUUCCCCCUCACAGAGUCCAGAGUCUGAGACACAGAGAGCUGCCCGGUGCAGGAAUGAGAGCGAAGAGUCGCCGCAGCAAAAAGAGAAAAAUGCAGCUGAUGCGGUGGAGACUGCUGGAGGUGAGCAACAUUACCUUUUCUGGGAAUUCCACUUGUGUCCCAUAAAAAUUCACAGUAUCGAAAUGAUAGCUGAACCGUUAAGUCCUGUUGUUACCAGGGGAACAAAAUCUCUGAAACAGUACUUAGAUAAUACCACACACAAGUCUCUGCUUCUUUAAUUUGGGCCCUCUAAACCAUCUCUGAUGCUGAGUCACAUGAUGAGCUCAAUAAAGAUCACCUCUUUCUGAACAAGGUGUGCCACCUGACCUCAGCGUCAUGCAAACUAAAAUAAUUAUAAUGCCAAAAAAACACUCAAAACAAAUGUAGCACACUAUUUUUGUGCGCAAUGUAUCCUGGGAAAUGUAGGCACUUGUCUGUCUUAAGUUAGCUAAAACUGCAUUUAAUCUUGGUGUAAGUAAGUAAAAUGUUUGCAUGUAGUAAUCCUCAUGGCUCGCUGUCGUUGUAGCUGAAAGAUCCAGUGAAUACACAGAGGUUCCCUUGGGUGCUCUGGAUAUCGCCGCUGCAGACAGUUUGACACUUUCUCCUGCUCAUGGUAGGUCAACAAAGUAGUUUGAAAUGUUUGAAAAAUCCUCAUGUUAACUAUCUGAGCCCUACCUUUUCACCUGUGAUCAGAUACUGAUACUUGCAGGUUGUGGAUGUUAUAUAUAAACCCACUGAUUUUCAUUGACACUAACUGUACAAACGAUCACACGGUUCCUUCUCUCUCCAUAAGACGGGAGCGAUGCAGGAGACACGGAGCGUCUGGAGGAGCUCCCUCUGUGCAGCUGCAGGAUGGAGGCUCCUCGAGUGGACAGCACCAGCCAGCGCGUCAGCAGACAGUGUAUGGCCACCGAGAGCGUCAACGGAGAGGUUCGCUCUUUGUCCGCCAUUUAAAUAGUUAUGAUAGUUCACAAAGCUCCCAUAUGAUUCCUAUCUGACUGUGGUUUUUUUUGCAGCUGAGGGCUUGUAUUAGCCGGACAAUAAAAGGGGAGACGAUGCGUCCGUCCAGCAGGGUGCCCCUCAUGGUUCUCUGUGACGUCCAUCGCUCUCACAUGGUCAAACAUCACUGCUGCCCGGGCUGUGGAUACUUCUGCAUUGCGGUGAGACUUGAAAAUAAGUUAUUUCAUGCUCUUUGAGCAGCUAAUGCUCACUCUUUGUUGUCCAACUUCUUCUUCUUCUGCUCGCUGUAAUACCUUCUUUGUCGCCUCCUCUUUCUUGCUAUUCUUUCUGCCUCUUAUCUUCCCACUCGCCAUUGUGCUUUUUCCUCUUCUCUGUGUUGACAGUAUCUCUUCUUUUAUCUGCUUCCCCAACUAAAUGAUACACUUUCUUUCCUUUCCUUUAUAUUCUACUCCUCUUCACUUUCUCCUUAGUUUUUAUUCUCCUCCUCUUGCUUCAUAUCUCACUUUCUGCCUCUUUCUCUUCCUCACUGUCCUGCUUUGGUCUUUUUUCACUUAAUGUUUUUUUUCCUCCUUGAUAUCCUGUUUUCUUCUCCUUUUUUCUCUUCAGAUCACAAAUUCUCCACGCUGUCCUGCUUUUUUGCCUCUUUUCUUUUACCUCCCUGAUUUUGUUUCCCUCUUUUUCCUCCUCAGUGUCAUGUUUUCACCCUCUCUUUAUCUUCCUCAUUUUACUUUCCCCUCUUCUUUCUCCUCUGUAAAAUCUUUAACUAUAACCUCUCCACUUUUUCUCCUUUUUUUUGUCAUCAAACUAAACUUCCCUCUUUUCUGCCUCCUCUUUAAAAUACCUCCCUCCCUCUCCAUCCUCUUUUAGGGCACGUUCCUUGAGUGUUGCCCGGACCAGCGUAUCGCUCAUCGUUUCCACCGCGGCUGUGUGACGGUGCUCGGCGGCGGGCGCAGCAGAGGAAAUGGAGGCGGUAUGAUUUUCUGUCCGCACUGUGGUGAAGAUGCCUCAGAGGCCCAGGAGGUCACCAUCCCCUCCUUCAGCUCGGCCACUACCUCCGCCACCACCGUCGUCACUAUGUCAGCCUCCUCCACCACUACCCCAUCUCUUCCGCCAUCCACCCCCACGGCGCCCUCCCUCACUGCCUCAACGGGAGGAAUGAAGGAUGGGAAAAUGCCGGAAAGACCUGUCAGGUGAGACUUCAUAAAGUUUAAAAAGAACGAACUCCUUAAAAGUUUCUAAAAUUCAGUUGAAUUUACUUUUUGUUUCUCUCUCUCUCUCUGUGUUUCUCCUAGUGCUCGCAUGCGCAGCCAUGGUUUAGUCAAACCGGCGGUGGAGCAGCAGCAGCAGCAGCCCCCACAGCCUGUCGCCUCGGCCGCAACUGUGACCACUGCCCCCCCAGCAGAGGAAGGGGUGGACAGCGUGGGUCCCUCUCUGUGCAUGCCGAAUGGGAAACCCAUCAGCCCGGGUGCACUUCCACCUGGACCCAGCAGGGCGGCGCUGCAGAAGGCAAUUCUAACACAGGACACAGAAAGGUUGGAGCUGAGAUCUAGAUUUUUAUCUGAUUAGUUAAACUUACGGGUGAUUUAUGUAAUCUCUGUCAUAUUUUGCUCCAAAAUGCAUUAAAUGUGAAGUUUUUAUCACUUUUGACUGUUUGUUGUUAAAAAGUUGUGUAAAAAAAAUUUUGGAAGAUUUUGUGCUUAAGAGAAGUUUGCUUUAGCUUUAGAGAGCAGCAUGUUUAAAGCCACGUCAACCUGCUAGAGUUUGGGGUGAAUCUAAAGAUGAGAUCUGUAUUCUGCUUUCUGUCCCAAGUAUGACGACAUAAGAGAGGAAUUUUUAGGAAAAUCGCCCGUUGAUGUUGAUUUCUUCAGGUUAGAAGAUUACCAAAAAAAUUGAAAGUUGUGUUUUAGAAGAGAAACCAACUUGGAGAGAAGACUGACUAUAGUGUAUAAGAGGAAGCUGUCAGAAAAACAAACAUCUUUAAGAGUUAGAAACUUCAUGCACAUGAUAUAUGAUAAAGUGUCGAAUAAAGAUUUUGUUCUUUGCUUUUUUUUGCAGGAAAAAGAAGCUGAGGUUUCACCCUCGCCAGCUCUAUCCUGCUGCCAAACAAGGAGAGGUGCAGAGAGUUCUGCUCAUGCUCAGUGAGUGUUGUCCUUUUGAAAAUAAAACUGUUUUCUCUGGAUUCAAUCAAACGGAAAAGUUUAAUGUACAUUUUUUGACUGGAGGAUUAUGUCAGAAUCGUACAGACUUUCUUAAAAUGUUUUUGUUUGUGUGUGUGUUCGUCACAGUGGAGGGCAUAGAUCCCACAUACCAGCCCGACUCUCAGAACCGGCGCUCUGCUCUUCACGCUGCAGCUCAGAGAGGUCUGCUGGAGAUCUGCUACAUACUAGUUCAGGUGAGACCUUUCAGUAUUAAGCAAGUGCGUUGUGAGAUUUUAAAUUUUGCGACACAGUCAAAGAUGUAUCUUAUAGUGAUGGACCUGCAGAGAGCUGACCCACGGCUUUACAAUUCUGGUUCACUAUCACUGCUGAUAAAGUGAACCUCUGGCCACUCUAAAAACCUCAAGCCCAGUUACUGAAUAUUUACAGCAUAUUGAAAUGAAGCCUAUCAUAGAUUAACAGCUCAGGAGACAUUUUUAGAAAGAUGUUAAAAGCAGGAGUUACCUUCAUCAAGUGAAGAGAAACACGACUUAAAUGGGAAGGAUUAUUUCUGAUCUGUUCCUUUAGAUUAAAAAAUGUAUUUCCUGUUCACUGACAGUCAGGUGCUCAGGUGGAUGCCAAGGACAAGGACCUGAGGACCCCUCUGCUAGAAGCGAUUAUCAACAACCACAUCGAGGUGGCUCACUACCUGGUCCAGAAUGGCGCCUGUGUCUAUCAUGUGGUGAGUGUCUGCUGACGCCUAAAAUCAAGCGUAAAUGUGGACCUGUCAGUUUGUUUGGACCUGAUUUGAGUCUCCGUUUGUGUCCCUGUUCCUCAGGAGGAGGAUGGAUAUACUGGCCUCCAUCAUGCAGCCAAACUGGGAAACCUGGAGAUUGUGAAGAUGCUUCUGGAAACGGGGCAGGUUGAUGUAAACGCACAGGUAAACAAAUUAAACGAGGAUAUCUGGCAAAAUGUUCCAAGACUGACCUGAAGUAAUGAACUAAUACUUGAACUUAUACUUUGCGUAGUUGUAAUAAUUCUUCACACAUUUCACCGGUUUUAGGACAGCGGUGGUUGGACGCCGAUCAUCUGGGCAGCAGAGCACAAACACGUCAAAGUGAUAAGAGCUCUGCUGAACAGAGGAGCUGAUGUCACCAUAAACGACAAAGUAAGUUUAUAAUCAUGAAUGCUGACAGUAAUGAGAGUCAGAGGUUCUCCGAUGGGUCGUUUUAAAUAUAUUUACUGAACUCAUUCAGACUGUGCAGAAAAUAAUGUGUAUUUUUUUAUUUUUGGGUCUUAAAAUAUUUUAUUUUGCAAAGGAGGAAAUGCUGAUUAUUUUAAUCUGGCUGUUUAAUAUGAAUGUAGUUGCAGGAGAAUACGUAAGGAUCGAUUUUUAGAUGAUAACAGUCCCGUCUCUCCCCUCAGGAGCUGAACGUGUGUCUCCACUGGGCGGCGUACGCAGGAAACGUGGAUAUAGCAGAGCUGGUGUUGAACGCCGGCUGCUCGCUCACCUCGGUGAACGUACACGGAGACACGCCGCUCCACAUCGCCGCCAGAGAGGGCUACCUGGAAUGCGUAACGUGAGUCAGUCUUCAGCCGUAGCCUCGUGUUUACGGACGGGUAACAUGUCCUACGCUUCAGCUGGAGAAAUAGUGACUGUUCAUCAUUAUUUAGUAUUAAGGAAAACAUGCGAUUCAGAAGUCAAAGGUCAAAAACAUACAAAGGAAGUGAAUCAUUCAAUGAUGAUGAAGUGUCUCGAGAAGCAAAAAUCAAAUACUUUUAACUCCUAGAAAACAAAAGAAUCAUCACAAUCAACUUCUACACUGUUUUCUGUCAUGGCUUGAGAUUCUUGAAAUGGUGAAUUUGUUAUGCUUUCCUUCAUCUGCUCGUAGCUUAUGUUAACUAGUUUCAUUCCUCUGCAGGUUGUUUCUGUCCAGAGGUGCAGACAUUGACAUUAUGAACAGAGAAGGAGACACGCCUCUGUCCCUCGCUCGGGCUGACACGCCGGUGUGGGUGGCGCUCCAGAUUAAUAGGAAGCUAAGGAGAGGAAUAACAAACCGAAUGUUGCGGACUGAAAGAAUCAUCUGCAGGUGGGUUUAAUAAAGGCUGCUUUCUUCGUGCCAGAUUGUCCAGAUGCUCUUUUUUUUUUUACUCCUGUUGUUUACGCAUGUCUUUUUGUUCCAGCGACAUCGCACAGGGCUACGAGAAUGUACCGAUCCCCUGUGUGAAUGGGGUGGAUGACGAGGGCUGCCCUUCAGAUUACAAAUAUGUGUCCGAAAACUGUGAAACGUCAGCGAUGAACAUAGACAGAAACAUUACACAUUUGCAGGUAAAGAAGUAACCCGACUCUGAUUUUAAAUGUUUGUCUCUUUUUAAAACACUUUUAACAUGAUCUCCUAUCAAAAACACAUAAUUGUUUUUAUGUAUCUUGACUGCAGCACUGCGGCUGUACUGAUGACUGCUCAUCCAGUAACUGCCUCUGUGGACAGCUGAGUAUCCGCUGCUGGUAUGAUAAGGUACAAAGAAAUGUUCAACUGUCACAUCCUCACAGAACACCUGCAGAAAUCCACAGAGGGGAAUGAAAUUCUUAAAAUUUCCUGUCUUCACUUUUAAACACGAGCCUUCCUUAAACCAUCAGAGGAUAACUUUUACAAUGGGAUCAAUUUAAGGGAUAUUCUGGUGUAAAAUUAAGUUAGGGGCAAACACACCGCAACGCCGAGUUAGACACCCCCUCGAGAGAGGAAUGUUACAGAGUGCUUGCUUCUCUAGUUAUACCAACUUUAGUAACGACCGCAUGAUAGCAAUACACAGUGGUCUGAGGAGCCAUAAACAAACUUCAACCAAAACGCCGCUCUAGAUGUUUGGUAGCUAGAACUUUGGCUGGGACUGUAUAUGUCCUGUUGAUGAAGUUAGGUGCUGUUCUGAGCAUUAUUUGUGGCUAUAGAGUGGUGUUUUGGUGUUACGGUGUGUUUGACCCUAAAUUAAUUUUACGCCAGAAUAUCCCUUUAAGAUGAUCAUUUUUCUGAGAUCCAUGAGUACUAUGACAGCACCUUAUUAGUUAUUUCAUUCUUGUUUGAAUUCUUCCAGGAUCAGCGGCUGCUUCAGGAGUUCAACAAAAUCGAGCCCCCACUCAUAUUUGAAUGCAACAUGGCGUGUUCCUGUUACAGGACGUGCAAGAACAGGGUGGUUCAGGCGGGCAUCAAGUAAGAAUUCACUUUACUAUGUUGAGGAUAAUUUUAAGGAAAAUCUUCCUUUCGUAAACCUCAUAAUUUCCGACUUUUUCAUCUCAGGGUUCGACUCCAGCUCUACAGGACAGAGAAGAUGGGUUGGGGAGUUCGAGCUCUGCAGGACAUUCCUCAGGGGAGCUUCAUCUGCGAGUAAGAGAGAGACCUCGCAGUGAUUUGAUUGAAGAUGAAAAAGUCAUGGACUGGGUAAAUGAAGCAGCUUUCCUCUGUCCACACAGAUAUGUCGGGGAGCUGAUCUCAGACGCAGAGGCGGAUGUCCGAGAAGACGACUCCUAUCUGUUUGACCUGGACAACAAGGUGAGCAGUUUUUAAAAACGUGUUUUAAUCUUAAGUUUCUGAGAGGAGACACAUCGCUGAGCUAGACAGGAACCUCCUGCUGUUUUUAGCUCACGUCAGACUUUUAGGUCACAUUUUUUAAGGAAAGAGCAGCGUUAGCGCUUUUGCACUGAGUUACUUUGGACAGCCCAAGGCUUUACGUGCCGAUGUGCAGAGGAAAAACCUCCCUACUUAGAAAGAAAAGAUAAACAUAUGAACUUGUAGUUUUUCUGUGAUAAAGAUGUUGAAAAGUCUCUUAAGAUAACGCUGUUCUCUCUUUGCUUUUUCUUCUAAGGAUGGUGAGGUGUAUUGUAUAGACGCUCGCUACUACGGCAACAUCAGCCGCUUCAUCAACCACCUGUGCGACCCAAACCUCAUCCCUGUGCGUGUGUUCAUGCUACACCAGGACCUCAGGUUCCCCCGCAUCGCGUUCUUCAGCUCCAGGGACAUCCUCAGCGGACAAGAGCUUGGGUUAGAGACUGAGACAUUCAUUUUUUAAAAAUUUUCUCAAAUCUGUGCCACAUUUUUGUUUAACGUUUAGUACAAAUCUGACCGUGUUUUUCUGUGUCUCUAGAUUUGACUAUGGAGAUCGCUUCUGGGACAUUAAGAGCAAGUACUUCACCUGUCAGUGUGGAUCAGAGAAAUGUAAGCACUCUGCAGAAGCCAUCGCCUUGGAGCAGAGCAGACUGGCUCGAAUGGAGGCUUGCCCUGAUUCAGGAGCGGACUGUGGGAUGAGCAUGCUGGGAAACUCUUAAAAAAACUCACCCAUGAGGCCUUUGGAUUAUCCAUUAUACAUGUGCACACACACUUUGAGUUUUUUAACAUUUGUACAUUUGUCUGUGAUGGAUGGUGCUGUUUCUUACUUGAAAAAAUUAUGAUUUUUCCGCAUUGCUUACCACCCUUAAGGUUAUCUUAAUCAUGGACGAAAUGGGCCUCAACAUUUUAUCAAACUAUGUGGGUGUGAUAUCGUAGACGGAAAAAGUAUGUUUACUGUAUGUCACCAUGGGGCACAUUACAUUUGUGCAUCAAGAGAACCUAUUGCACAUUGUUUUCUCUGUUGUGCCAACAUGAGCUUCUUUACACAGCACAGUGACGAGUCAGCCAUCAACUCUGACUGAACAUAGCGGUGAGGAAAACCGAAGAGAUGUUGGUGUUAUUGUUUAUUAUUGUUUUAGCUUUAUUUUCUUAUUUUUGUACCUAUUGUUUCUUUUCUGACAGUUAGGGUAAAAUAAAUAAGCUCAAAAGUUUA